CCACCUUCCCCCUUCCCCCCCCCCCCCCCCCCCCCCCCCCCCCCCCCCCCCCCCCCCCCCCCCCCCCCCCCCCCCCCCCCCCCCCCCCCCCCCCCCCCCCCCCCCCCCCCCCCCCCCCCCCCCCCCCCCCCCCCCCCCCCCCCCCCCCCCCCCCCCCCCCCCCCCCCCCCCCCCCCCCCCCCCCCCCCCCCCCCCCCCCCCCCCCCCCCCCCCCCCCCCCCCCCCCCCCCCCCCCCCCCCCCCCCCCCCCCCCCCCCCCCCCCCCCCCCCCCCCCCCCCCCCCCCCCCCCCCCCCCCCCCCCCCCCCCCCCCCCCCCCCCCCCCCCCCCCCCCCCCCCCCCCCCCCCCCCCCCCCCCCCCCCCCCCCCCCCCCCCCCCCCCCCCCCCCCCCCCCCCCCCCCCCCCCCCCCCCCCCCCCCCCCCCCCCCCCCCCCCCCCCCCCCCCCCCCCCCCCCCCCCCCCCCCCCCCCCCCCCCCCCCCCCCCCCCCCCCCCCCCCCCCCCCCCCCCCCCCCCCCCCCCCCCCCCCCCCCCCCCCCCCCCCCCCCCCCCCCCCCCCCCCCCCCCCCCCCCCACCCCCCCCCCCCCCCCCCCCCCCCCCCCCCCCCCCCCCCCCCCCCCCCCCCCCCCCCCCCCCCCCCCCCCCCCCCCCCCCCCCCCCCCCCCCCCCCCCCCCCCCCCCCCCCCCACCCCCCCCCCCCCCCCCCCCCCCCCCCCCCCCCCCCCCCCCCCCCCCCCCCCCCCCCCCCCCCCCCCCCCCCCCCCCCCCCCCCCCCCCCCCCCCCCCCCCCCCCCCCCCCCCCCCCCCCCCCCCCCCCCCCCCCCCCCCCCCCCCCCCCCCCCCCCCCCCCCCCCCCCCCCCCCCCCCCCCCCCCCCCCCCCCCCCCCCCCCCCCCCCCCCCCCCCCCCCCCCCCCCCCCCCCCCCCCCCCCCCCCCCCCCCCCCCCCCCCCCCCCCCCCCCCCCCCCCCCCCCCCCCCCCACCCCCCCCCCCCCCCCCCGCCCCCCCCCCCCCCCCCCCCCCCCACCCCCCCCCCCCCCCCCCCCCCCCGCCCCCCCCCCCCCCCCCCCCCCCCACCCCCCCCCCCCCCCCCCCACCC